AUGUCAAGCACAGAAAGCAUGGAUUUUAUAGAAGACGUAGAGAAUACAGACUUCAUGAAAGACAGAGAGGAUAUAGAUGAAAUAGAGUAUACAGAUUAUAUGGAUAAAAUGGAAGAUGCAGAUGAAAUAAAAGGCUUGGAAAUGGAAGACAUGGAAGAUGUGGAAGAUGAAGACAUGAAAGAUAUAAAAGACAUGGAAGACAUAGAUGAAAUAAGAGAUACGGAAGUUUCUAAACAUGCAGAAGACAUUGUGGUCGCUGGUAGUAGUAAAAUGCUUGUGAAAAUCUCUCCUAAGACAAGCAAUAGUAAAAAUAAACCAUCACUUGUAUGGGAAUAUAUAGAGAAAAUAAUAGUUGAAAAUAAAGUUGUAAAAAAAAAAUGCAAAUUAUGUGGGAAAAAAUAUAGCCCACCACAUCCACAGGAGUUCUAA